AUGAAUUCUCUUCGAUUCGUAAUAACCUCGACACGAUGCUUUGCAAGCAAGUCAAUCGUUGACUGGACUCGUCCAGGAAAAGUGCUCAGUUUGGAGCAGAAACAAUUCUAUCAGAAGAAUGGAUACGUUCUCGUGAGAAAAUGUAUUGGGAGAGAGGAAUUGAACAAGUAUGAAGAGAGAUUCAAUGCGAUUUGUGAGAGGAAAGUGAAGCCGCCAGCGAGUAUGUUGGUUAUGAAGGAUGUGUCACUCGCGAAGAAGGUCACUCCGGAUAGCAUCGACGCCAUCACAAAACUGCAAGAUUUCUGCGACGAGCCGGUUCUCUUCUCCUACUGUGAGCAUCCACGUGUCACCGACGUCGUCCGUGAUCUCAUCGGAAGUUCUCCAGAAUCCAGAAUCCAGGCGAUGCAUACAAUGCUGAUUAACAAGCCUCCAGACACUGGAAAACUGACAUCCCGUCAUCCGAUGCAUCAGGAUUUGAUCUACUUUCCAUGGCGACCAGCGGAUUUGACGAUUUGUGCGUGGACUGCGAUGGAGAAGAUCAACAAGAAGAAUGGAUGUCUUCAAGUGGUUCCGGGUACUCAGACUCAACCACUCAAAGAGCACGACUACCCGGAUUGGGAGGGCGGAGUCAACAAAGCGUACUACGGUAUCAAGGACUACGACCUGUCUCUUCCCCGUGAAUACGUGGAAAUGGAUGCAGGGGAUACUGUAUUCUUCCAUCCAAAUCUAUUUCAUGGAUCCGGUGCAAAUCGUUCCGAUGGUUUCAGAAAAGCCAUUUCAUGUCACUUUGCCAACUACGACCAUACCAAGUAUAUUGAUGUGAAGGGAACUAUUCAGGAGGAAACUGGCAAACAAAUCGUCGAAAUCAUCAAGAAACAUCCACAACGAUAUUGUGUGAAACCGGGACAAGAAGUCACUUUUGAACUCUCCUGGCGUCUUCGUUCACGUCCAGUUCAUCAUGAUGGAAAAGAGAAUCUCUAG